AUGCUGCUGCAGGCCACGGGUGGAGGGCUCCCGUCAGACGACGAUGACACUCCCGGCGGUGGUGGCAGCGGGGAAGGUCCCGGCAGAGACUCCCGCAGCGGAGGCCGAGGCCCUGGCGGCGUCAUCGUCCUGGGCGCGGGAAGCCAUCGUGGUCCCGUGAACAAUCGUACCGGCACGUCUUACCGCUCGCGGUUGGCUGUACGGCAGUGGCACCUGGAUUCGGAGCAAUGGCACCUGGCGGAGGACCCGGUGACGGAUGUGCUGCUGGCUCUGAGUGUACCCGCCGGCUGGGCCCCGGGGCCCGCACGUGACCUGACCAGGGCUCUUCUGGACGCCUUCGUCACUGCACACCGCCCCCAGCUCACAGCCCUCACAGCAGCCACCACCUCGGCCACCGCCGCGACAACGUCAACGGCCAAGUCAAAGCCAGCCUCACCCGCACCCUCACCCGCACCCUCACAGCGGCCACCUGCCCUGCAGCUCCCGCCCGGGGGAGCCGUCACGCUGCUGACGCUGCAGGCUCUGAAGCUGCUGGUCCGCCUCGCUCAGGAAGCCAUGGACAACCUGACUGCCGCCGGGCUGUGCCCCUGCUGGCUCUACCUUGUACACGUGGACUCAUUCAUGGGGGACCCUCCGCACACAGCAGCGAAGCACGCAGCUGGCGGCGGUGGCGCCGGCAGCUCGGAGGCCGUGGCCGCCCCCGCCGGCGGCGGCAGCAUUAAGAAGGGCAAGGGGAGGGCCAGUGCGCUGCUGAGGGCCCUUCUGGGGGCCGUUUCGAUGAAGGGGUUCAGCAAGGGGAAAGGGCAGUUAGGGGAUGUGGUGGGCGGGAAGGGAGGGGAGGACGAGGGCAGGGGCCGCGGCGGCGGCGGCGGCGGCGGUGGCAGCGGCGUGGCAUCUAAAUCGAAAGGAAUGCAGCCGAAGACGCAGCCGAGCGCGAAGGCCGCCUCAGGGUACCAGCAGCAACAGCAGCAGCAGCAGCAGCAGGAGGAGGAGGAGGAGGAGGGGGCGGGGGGAGGUGUCGGUUCCAAGCUGCGCUCCGUGGGUCCGUUACAGCACCUGGUCCUGCCGCCCCCGUCACUGCGUGGAAACACGAAGAAGUGUCCGCAGUGGGAUGCGGCCACCAUCGCAUUGGCCUUAUUGCAGGUGAGACAGUCAACAGACGAUGAGGAGGAAGAGGAAGAGGAGGAGGAGGGGGGUUUGCAGGGCCCUGGACAGCCCCCCUCGUCCCAGCAGCCCACCAGCACCAGUCGCAGUAGCGGCAGCGCUGCUGCUGCAGGUGCUGCCGCAGGUGGACCAGGCGGCAUUGAGGAGAUGUUGGUUCUGAGAUUCCGCCAGUUGGAAGAUGUGGAGCUGGCGAUGGAGGUGCAGCUGGGUGGCUCACAGCAACCCGGGGGCCCCCAGCUGUUCUCCGUGGUGUCUGUACGACUGGGCCACGUGGUGGCUGUGGUGGCGCAACUGGCGCAGGGCAACGGGGCGACCGACCCGGGGGAGGUUGGGGGAUCAGGCAGCAUCAGCUUGUUCCGCAGCCUGCUGCGCCCCUUCCUGGUGCCCAUGUCCUCACUCCUCCACCACCUGGCGCACUGGGCCCUCCCUGGGGAGGUGGAGGGACACGGACUGUUGACCACAAAGCGCAUCCUGGUGGCAAGGAGUACCUCAGCGUACAGAGACGCUAUAAUCCACAACGUCGACCGGCCGGACAUCUGUCUGGAGAUCGGCUGCCAUGAGGGCCUGUCGUCCAACGUCAUAAGCAACCGCGCCACCUUCGUCACCGGGGUCGAUACGGCGGCCGAGGUGGUGGAGAUCGCCCGGCGGCGCCACCCGCACCUCGCCUUCCACCAGCUGGACGGUCUGGCGGUGACAGCCACGAGGGCCCUGUCCCCCACCGGCACCUUCUCGCGCAUCUGCAUCGACAUAUCUGGUAAGGCCCCCCUGGAGCUCAUUUGCCCCAUGGUUACCGCCCAGAUCAGCGCCUUCCCAAAUGCAGCCCUUAUCGUUAAAAACGAGGAGCUCUUUGACGCUCUGAUAGCUUGGGAGCAAGAGGGAAUGGAAAAGCAGGAUCAGCAAGCAGCAGCUGCAGCGGACCAGGGCGCCCCUGUUGUUGAUGGUGCACCGGCACUGCCUCCGCCGUCACAGACACGGGAUGAGUGUAAGAUGAUGAUGCGGGCAUCGGCGCAACGAUUACAAGUACAUGUACAGCCAAAAUCGCAGAUGCAAUCGCAGUCUCAGCCAAUGGUCCCGAGCAAUGAAGGCGCCGGAGCUGCCGAUCGCAGCAGCACCAUUCAGCUUGACACCGCCGCCAUCAGUCCCUCUGAUAAUGUCACAUCCGGGCCGCAGAGCGCCCUGCCCGCCACAGCAGCUCCUGCCAGAGGUGCUGAUCGAACAGCCCCUGCUGCAGGGACUCCCUUCUUCGCCAUCUCGUCAGCACUUACAGCGCCGCUGCACGUGGAGGGAGCAGCCUCAACAGCGGGAUGGGAUGGAGGGGAGGGGGACUGUUCCAGGGUUAGCCGGCUAGAGCGUUUGCUUGGGAGGGCGCUGCUGGCGGAGUGUGAGGUGUUCCGCCACCAGUCCCAAUUGCCGAGAACCCGAGUCAGGACCAGGAGGGGACAUGCGGUGGUGGACAUGUCACCAGCACCCGGCCAAGGCCACGAGAGUGGUGAUGACAAUGCAGCCGAGCGAAAAUGA